UAUAUAUAAGAUGAAUCCUGGCUAGGUGUCAGUCACAGUGAACUCCGAUAUGUUUCGUUACAAGGUAUUGAUUGUGAUUGCGUUUGUUGGUGCAGUCGCGUCCGAGAGCACUGACAGUAGCGAGUCAAAGGAGAGGGCUGUUGUGCCAAAACCGACGAGAGACAGGGUCAAUCUCCUUUACCAAUCUUUGCAGAGAAACCGAAAUAAGACUAGCAACGGUACAGGAGGGGCGAGCGAAAACGGCAAUUAUGUCUUACAUGGUUCGGUACAAGGUGUUGGACAGGGGCAAAACGGUGAAUUUUCCGUUGGUGGAACUGUAUCCGGAAGUUCAUCAUCAGCCGUCGAUGAGAGCAGUGUUCCAAAUGGAACGGAAACGAAUGAAAAUCGAGUUUUUAAGGAAGAAAAUAGUGUCGUGGGGCAAGGGAGCAGCCUUGUACCAACUCAGGUGUAUCCCCAAACACAAGAUAAAAUGAACUUGCAAUAUCAUUUCCCGCAGAUGGGAUUUCAUACAACGGGACGGCCUGUAAAUUAUCAGCCGGGUCAAGAGAAUUUUAACGGAGGUUGGGGUCAGACAGGCCCUUUCCCUCUCAACUGCUGUCCGUUUGUUGAGCAACCCAACUACGUUGGCCAACAUGGCAACGGGGGCCAUCAUUUCGUCAUGCAAGGAGGAUAUGGUUGGAGUCAGGGUAACCAUGGCCAUGGUAGGCCGUUUGGACUUCAUGGAGGAAUGGCGUUCGGAAAUAAUGUCGGGAGACCAGGUAACUUCUACGGAGGAUAUGGAACCAACGCCGAAAACAAUGCGUGGGGUGCUACAAACCAAGGUAAUUUUGGAAAUCAACUGGGCACAGAAGGUUAUUAUGGAAACCUUCACGGACAAGGGCAGUUUAGUGGUUCCGCUCAUGGCGUAGGACAAUUUCAAGGAGUAACACCAGGACAGAAUUCAGGAACAGUUCCCUCACAAGAAAAUACUCUAGUGAGUAAUGAAAAUCCUACUGGAGGACAAAAUGGACCGGUGUAUGGAGCUCCUCAUUUGAGUAAUUAUGGACAAGGAUCUGUCCUACCCGCAAACCAAGGUGUCUCGGAAAAUCCAUCAACCCCAGUUCCAGCAGUAUCAGGCGUUCCUUACGGUGCACACGAAAGUGGCCCUUAUGGCGUUAAUUCAGAAGUAGGAGGCAGUUAUUUAGGUCCAGGAGGAAGCACCUAUGGUGGACAAGGAGGUGGUAACUAUGUCGGGCAAGGAGAAAAUUAUGCUGGUCAUGGAGGAGGUAAUUAUGUAGGACAAGGAGGAGGCAACUAUGUUGGACAAGGAGGAGGUAACUAUGUUGGGCAAGGAGGAGGAAAUUAUCCUGGACAAGGAGGAAGCAACUUUGCUGGACAAGGAGGAAGCAACUUUGCUGGACAAGGAGGAGGCAAUUAUGGUGGACAAGGAGGAAGCAACUUUGCUGGACAAGAAGGAGGCAAUUAUGGUGGACAAGGAGGAGGCAAUUAUGGUGAACAAGUAGGAAGCAACUUUGCUGGCCAAGGAGGAGGAAAUUAUCCUGGACAAGGAGGAAGCAACUUUGCUGGUCAAGGAGGAGGCAAUUAUGUAGGACAAGGUGGAAGCAACUUUGCUGGUCAAGGAGGAGGCAAUUAUGUUGGACAAGGAGGAAGCAACUUUGCUGGUCAAGGAGGAAGCAAUUAUGUUGGACAAGGAGGAAGUAAUUUUGCUGGACAAGGAGGAGGCCACUCAGGAGGAGCGUUUGGCGUAAAUGGUGCAGUGCAAGGUAGUGGGCAGUAUGUGGCUGGAGGAUCCGUACAAGGAGGCGGCCAUUACAACCCACUUGGAAAUGUCCAAGGCGGUGGACGUCCAGGUCAAAGCGCUGGUGUAAGCGGCCAAUUCGGCGCUAGUGGCGCUGUCCAAGGUAGUGGACAGUUUGCCGCAGGAGGCGGAGUUCACGGAAUGUCUCAACUAGGAAAUCAUGGAAGUCAGUUUGGAGCGGGAUCAAAUGUUCAUGGUGAAAGCCAUUUCGCUGCCGGGGGCAACGUUCAUGGGGGUGCAGGUGCUGGAGGAAAUUUCGCUCAACCUCCGGCCAAUAAUUUUGGCACGGCCCAUGCAGGCGGACAACUCGGAGCCAGUGGAAACUACCAAACCAGCGGCGGAUUCGGACUCGGCGGGUCCGUUCAGGGUGGUGGAAAUCAUGGGUUUUUCAAACCAGGACUUUUCGGCGGUUUUCCACUUCCCCAUUUUCCAAAGCCGGGCUUUCAUUUUCCAUUCAAGCCUCAACAACACGGAGCGACCCAGGGUCCCUACUUUCCUUUCAGGCCGCCAAAUCGGUUCCCAUUUUUUGGAGCAAACAAGGAAUGCAAUAAACCAUAAAUAUCAUCUCCUUCAAAUACACAGAAUAGAGAGAAACAUAUCACACAAACCAUUUUGCUAUAAAAGAAACUGUGAUUCUACAGCUAAAAAUUCCAAAAUAGAUGUAAUUUUAAAAUUUCUUUGGAUAUUAAC